AUCAAUACUUGAGUCUUCUGAGUGGGUGGAAACUGCUGAUGUUUUCACACCUUCUACUGGUUUUUGUGGAUACCCAUUGGCUUGCGGAAGAUACGGUGUUUGUGAUGGGUAUAAUCAAUACUGUAGUUGUCCUCCUGAUAAUAAUCAACUCCACUUAUUCACGCCAGUUAACCGAAGUCGAACAACCCAAGGAUGUUAUUUAAAUACUCCCAUUUCGUGUCAGCAUUCCCAACUCCAUACUCUUCUGGAGAUGAAGGAUACCACUUUCAUUGGCCACAAUGUGAGAGACGAAUUUGGUGACUACACUGAUUUACAAAGUUGUAAAAACAGAUGUUUAAGGGACUGCUCAUGCAAAGCACUUCAUUUUUAUGGUGGAGGUGGUUAUUCAAAAGGCUACUGUUUAUUGCUGAAUGAAGUUCUCUCCCUUGUGACCAUGGACGAGGGAAGCAACAACAAAUCUAUUUAUCUGAAGGUGCAAAAUUCCUCGACUCCUCCAUCCAUAAUAUCAAUUCUAAAAACUAGUCAUCCAUGGGUUCAGCAGAGGCAUGCCAAAAUGAUAUUGGGGACUAUUGGUGCUUCCAUCGCUGUGCUUGUAAUAAUCACCAUUUAUAUUGUCUUGGUUAGAAAGAAAACAGUCCAACCCGAAGAUGAGGAAGUGUUUUUGGAUGGCCUGCCAGGGUUGCCUACUCGAUUCUCUUAUCAGGACUUGAGUGCUAUGACUGAAAGUUUCAGUAGAAAACUUGGAGAAGGGGGGUUUGGUUUUGUUUUUGAAGGUGCACUGUGCAGAGGCACUAAGAUUGCAGUAAAGUGCCUCAAGGAAGUUGAUCAAAUCAAGAAUUCAUUUAUGACGGAAGUGGCAACAAUUGGAAGCAUUGAUCACGCCAAUUUGGUAAAAUUAUUAGGAUUUUGUGCUACAAAAUCACAGAGACUUCUGGUCUAUGAAUACAUGGUGAAUGGCUCUUUGGACAGAUGGAUUUUUAAUGGAAAGAAGGAACAUGGUCUCAAUUGGCAAGCCAAAAAGAAAAUCAUGUUAGACGUUGCCAAAGGGUUAGCAUAUCUUCACGAAGAUUGCAACCAUAAGAUCAUUCACUUGGACAUCAAACCUCAGAACAUCCUCUUAGAUCAAAAUUUCAAUGCAAAAGUUGCAGACUUUGGAUUGUCAAAGUUGGUAGCAAAAGACCAGAGCAAAGUUGUCACCACACCGAGAGGAACUCCAGGCUACAUAGCCCCAGAAUGCACGAGCUUGAUUAUAACAGAGAAAGUAGAUGUGUACAGCUUUGGGAUCGUGAUGCUAGAAAUUGUUUGUGGGCGGAAGAAUGUGGACUGGGAUCAGCCCGAGGAAGAAGUGCACUUGCUGAGCGUGUUCAAGAGAAAAAUAGAAGAAGAUAAAGUUGGUGAGAUGUUUGAUAUGUACAACAAAGAUUUGGAAGUGCAGAAAGAAGAAGGAAUAGAAAUGAUGAGGAUUGCUGGUUGGUGCUUACAGAGUGAAUAUACAAAGAGGCCGUCCAUGUCAGAGGUGGUGAAGGCAUUACAAGGUUUGGCAACUAUUGAUAAUAACUUAAACUUGGAUUACAACUUCAAUAGUCAGGAGGGGGAAGGAGCUCCUGAUCCUACCAGCAAUACAGUAUUAAUUCCAUCAAUUUUAUCUGGGCCAAGGUGAAUUGUCUGCUUAAUCCUUUAUUCUGUCACAAUAUAAUAAAGCAAAUUAAAUUAGAUAGUGGUUAUCAAUUUCUUAUUAUUGUUUUUGCUACAAUUUACACCUUUGGCUUUGUAUAAUUCUACUUGUGUAUGAUGUACCUAAGUCAAACUGAUGCAAUUUUGCAAGAUACU